AGUCUCCGUUUGCUCUCAUAUCGUGACGGUUGCCUGGGUGCAAAAGUAUAGCAAUCGAUGUUACAAAGUUUUCCUCUCCCUCUCCCUACAAGACUAUGAGAGAAAUUAACAAUUUUUGUAUAUAGUUUAUUCAUCACCGGCACGCAAUGUACCACAAAACCACCAAGUGCAAUUAUUAUUAAAUAUAUUAGAAUUGAAUUCAACUCGUGAAUAUUAAUGUUUUUUUUUAUAAGAUUUAUUGUGAAGAAGCAAAGAAGCGAAUGUAUUCAGUGAAAUUGAUCUUGCAUCACGUUUUUUUUACACUUUGUGAAACCAUGAAUUCUUCAACGUGUGAAAGAACUAUUGCAUAUUCUUGAGAAAAUUCUAUAUAGCAAAAAUAAUUAUGCUAAUCAUUGCAAGUUUAAUGUAGAAGCUUUCACAUUUUCCACGGAAUUGUUGCUGAUUUACAUGUGGAAAAGAUUCCCCAACUGGCUAAUAAAGAAAAUGGGUCGAGAUGAAGAAGACACGAGUCAUUUAUACUGAGAAUCAUAAGACAAAUUGCAAGUGAUCGACUUCAGCAGUAAAUUGUGUUUUUGAAAUUUUAAACCGUUACUGAUCAUACAGCAAAGUGUGUAAACGGUGUUGAGAAAAUUAAGGUACAGAUGAAAAUGUGUUAAUUUCACGUGAUUUCAAUUUCUUUUCACCAUCAAAUAAAUCGAAAGUUUUGAUUUUUUUUUAAAGAAGUGUGUGCAAUAAUUAACAGUGUUGUUGGUAAGGUGAUUCACCAAGUGUCCUAUCUAAUGUAUAUUGUGCUCAUUGAGAAAAUUGGUGGUGAAAAUGUUUUAAAGUAAAGGUGUGAUCUUGUGCAGGAAGUAAAUUAUUAAAUAUAGUGCUCGUGUAACACAGGAUGGUCACAUGUAAAGUGGAUACAUUAUCCAAGAUGAAUCGUACAAGAAGAGGAUCGAGUUCUUCAUCUGGAUUCCGACUGCUCGGCGAUCAUUGUGAUACAAUGUCGAGUAUUAGCAGAAAUUCCAUUUAUAAGCAGAAGAUCGAUCUAAUGUUUGAUGAUUCAAGAUCGAUCAUAAGCCACCGAUUUGAUGAUUGUACAUCAGUGAGAGAUCGCAAGAGCUCUAUUCAUGGAUCAUCUUUUCGCGGAUCUACCCGCGGUUCAGUGAGAAAUCGCGAACAUCGUGAGAGUAAAAGGAUCAGUAAUAGUGUUCAGGCACAAAUUGAAAAGAUGUUUACGGAUGUAGCCAAGGAUGCGUCGUCAAAUCAUUUUUCCGUGCGAUGCUUGGGUGCUCUGCCGCUCCCUAGCAAAGUUACGAGUCUACAGGGUCUGCAAGAACCACUAAGGCAACUCUACCUUAGUGGAGCAGGACAUGGUAAUCAAAAUGCAGGGAAUCUUGAUAUUUGUGCAAAGGGACUUCGUGUGAGAUUGACGAAUGGACGUGAACCCCUUUUAACACCUUUUCACAACAUUGCUGUAUGGUCAGCAGUGAAAUUUGUAGUAUCAGCAUCAGAGGGAGGAGCUGCAUUCCUUCCAUUGAUAACUGAUCCUGAAAAUAUCGACAAGAGCACCCUAUUUCGACCACUCAAUGCAGCAGACAAGAGACGCCUAUCAUCGAGCCUCCAUGCACCCAUCUUUGCGGUAGUUAUGCGAUCGGCAAGUAUUCCAAAGCAACUUGAGUGCCACGCGUUCGUUUGUCAAUCACCUGAGGAUGCAAUCGUGAUCGCCGCGACACUGUAUCAGAGUCUUAUGGCGCACAUGGACAAUGGACCGAAUGAUAAGACACGCCGCCCUAAGAAUCGCAAUGGUGUUAGCUGUAUGAGUAUUGCAAGUAGUUCGGUGACGAAAAAAUUGGGAUCAAGCAUUGGGCAGAAGUCCGUGACGCAUCGAUCAAUUCCACCACCAGCACGUCCUCCGCGGAAGAAGAGGAGUGCCACGAGUUCACUGAGCGGCGAAAGUGACGCCAUCAGAGAGGCUAUCGAGACUGAGACGUCCACAGAGGAGAGAAAGAAGAAGUCAAGCAAAACCAAGAGGGCACCUCCAAUUCCACUUUCUAAAGAAAAACCUGGUGAAAUGUACAAUUCAUCAAUGUCGUACUUGAAUGAGCAAAGCAAAGCGCGAAAUAGUGCUGCCAUGCCACUGCCCAGCCAAACCCUCCCGGAGCCACCUUAUCAGAGUACAGGCCAUGAUGCUUCCAGCGGAGACAUCUUGACACGUGUAGCAAUACCCCGAUCAGGAAGCUUCCUCAACACAAGUGGUCUAACUCGCUACAAAUCCCGAGCAACACGACGUCACGCGGGAAAACUUGGCGGAGGCGGAGGAUCACCUCUAGGCUUCAGUGAGCUGUUCAACGAGUUCCGCCUUCAAGAGAACCUUCACUCGCUGGAUGACAUCCUCAAUGCCAUAAUCAAUUCUGAUGGGAUGUCUUUCAACGACUUGAAACCCAUCUACAAAGAAUUCCUCCUCAAAUUGGCUGUUACACUCACAAAGGAUGAGUUGUAUCAACGUUCCAAGAGCAUAAUGAGGAGGCAGAAGAAGAAAAAAUUAAGGAGACGUAACAGCAAUGUUCAGAACCAGCGAAAGAAGAUGCUCAUUGGAGCGAAAGGCCUCAAAAAGGUCUUUCGCUUCGGGAAAUUUCGGAGUGGAAAAUCCAUCAAAGCCGCGAAAACCCAAACGCAAAUUCCUCCCCCGCAGCUUCCUCAAUCUACUAAGGGGAUUGAAAAUCACCUAAAAAAUGAACAACGUAUUCGUGCAGGGACUAGUGGUUCGGAUGUAUCGGAGGCACGCAAUGAGCAUACAAUGAAUGCACAGAAUAGAAAUAGUUCCAGUGGAUAUGUCUCCUGUUCUGAAUGCAGCUACGAUUCUGAGGCAUGCACUUGCACUUCAGCUGAUCGAUGCUACUGCAGCUUAGGAGCAGAUCAGAUGGUCAGUGCUAAAUUGUCCUGCAGCGCAACUACACCAGGUAAUCGUGAAUCCUUAAUGACUUGCCGCACAGAGGACAAAUGCUACUGUUCAAUGGGCGAAGGAGCAGAAUCUCACACAACAUGGUGUGACACAGAUAGUUGCGUGAGUGCCAGCAAGUGCUACUGCCGUCGUGUUGGCAAUACCAAGCCAAUACAGAAUUGUCGAGGACGAAGAGACAAUCUCGCACUGGAUUAUGAACUCUUCACAGUAGGAGGUGGUGGGGGUGGUUCAGGAGACAGCGGAGACACAGAGCAACGUGCUCAGGAAGCUCUUAGUGUAAAGAAAAGCGUGGAAAUGGCUGCGGUAUUUGCAGAUGUGAAACUAAGUCAGACCACAGAUAUAUCAAGUAUAGCUCAGAAUCACAGAGAACGCAAGAAUCGUUGCCCUAAAUCGAAUCUGAUUAAAAGUGAUUUCACAACAAAGUCCGAAGGAAUUGCUAAGAAGGAAAUACGGGAUAAGUUAUCGAAGAGAACAACAAAGUCUGAGGGUUACUAUCAAACAGUUAAUCCUGGUCAAAUUAGUGCCUCUCUUGAGGAUUCUCUUGGUUAUCUGCCGUAAAGAAAAAUUGACUCCUUAGAAAAAAAGAAACUGCGGAAUUUCUGUGCCCAAACCGAAGAAUUGCAGUACCUUCUAAUACUAUAAGUAGGACGUUUAGUUGUAGAAUGUAAUAGAACAAGAAAAUAUGGUGUUGGUUUGGGAUAUUAGAACCUUGGGUGGUUGAGGAUAUUUAUUCUAUCAUCCAAUCUCAUUAGAAAUAGAUUUAAAGUAAAGAGCGGCUUUAGGGUUCUCCAACCUAUACCUUUUAAGAACUCUCUUAACUUUCAGGAGCUUUAUUAAGAACAAAAAUACUUAAUUCUCUACUUAAUCAAUUGAAUAUAUUUUUGUGAAAAAAUAUUCACACAAUUGAUUUCAAAUCAUUUACAAUUUUAACUACUUAUAUAAGAUCUUCUUCAAUGUUUUAAGGAGCUGAUUUUUUAUGAAAAUUUUUGUGAAAGAAUUAUCCAAGAAUUAAUUGGAAAGAUCAAUCAGCUCCUAUAGAUUUUUAACAAUAGACCACAUGUUUUCAAAAACAUACUGCAUCCAUAAGAGAGUGUAAAUAGGAACACAUUUAGGGAAAUUUGCAAUAAAGAGAGAAAUAUUAAGCAAAAUAAUUACAAAGACAAAUGAAAUUCUAUUUUUUCCUAUUGUGAUAAAACAUCUCAUUCGCCAUUGAGAGAUAAAAAUACUUAUAAUGUACCUCUUUUUUCCACACAAUAAUUAUGUUCAAACUAUCUCGCGACUCGACUUGACUAUGGUUUGAUAAUAAUUUCAUAACAUUUAAUUUAAAGACUAAAAUUGAAACAAGAAUUAAUUUCAUGAUUAAAUAAAGUUUAGAAUCUUCAAAAAAAAAAGAUACAGGUAAAAACAGCUUGUGAUCACACUGUUGAAUGUGACUAAAUGAUCGCGAGGGAGCAUCUAUGUUGUUUAAUGCGUUGGAAAGUAUCAAAAUAACGGAAGAAAAGUGAUGGGAGAGUAUAAAAGCGUGGGAGACAAAUACAUUGUAACAUUUAAGAGCAAUAAAAGUAAUUAACUAGGGCAAUUUUGUGGCUAAUGUGGAAAAUUAACUACUGAUGAUAUUCAUGUCGUGCAAUAUAGGAAAUUAUUGUGCAAUCAUUUUAUUUUUAUAUCCUUAUUUCAUUUGUAAAAUCUUUAAUGAAGACAAUAAAAAAUAAACUUUA